AUGCAAAACAGUCAUGCAACACAGUCAUCUUUGUUAUCUGCAGAUUGCAUGCUUGCAUCUACAGCUGCAAAAUUUUACAAGGUUUUCAUUAAUCACCGCGGAAAGGAUACAAAGCAAUCUCUUGCAAGUUCGGUAUAUCAUAAACUUGAGAGUAGAGGAUUCAUAGUUUUUCUGGAAAUAAUGUCUCUGCGACCGGGACAAUACAUACCCCAAGCCAUAACUUGUGCAAUACGCAGUGCUUCAGUCCAUGUCAUAAUACUGUCUCCUAACUAUGUUGAAUCCGAGUGGUUUUUGGAUGAGCUGCUUUUGAUCAUUCAAACCUGGGCUCAGAUUGUCCCCAUGUUUUGGCAGAUUCGACCCUCUGACGUGAGAAUGGAGAAUAAGAAUAGAGUGUAUGCAAAAGCUUUCCGAAAGCACAAGCAGGCGAGAAAAUUCGAUAGUCGAACGCUUCAGAAAUGGAAAGGAACUCUGCGCUGGGUCUCACUCCUGGAAGGCUUUAUUAGUGAAGGGUAA